CUCCCUCUCUCUCCCUCUUCCUCUAGUCCCAAGACCACUAUAUCUCAGUUGUUUGCUAUCAUGAGGCAAUGGAUACCACAGACUCAAGGACACCUAACGCUAUUAACAAGAGAGGUAUUAAGAAGAGGAGCACAUGUUAAUGAUAAGGAUGGACUAACUGAUCUCUCUUUGCUUCACUUUGCUUCAAAGGCGGGAGCUGUGGGCAUAGGCAAUGGUACCACAGCUGCUAACCUCGUUAACACUUUACUCAAUAAAGGUGCCAGUACUGAUCUAAAGUGUCAUUGGACGGACAUGAAUGCCUUACAUUAUGCUGUGUUCUUUGAUUGUGCGGAGGUUGUAGAAUUACUCUGUGAACAUAAUCCAGUACUGCUGACUACCAUCUCCUCUCAGUUUGAUGGAGGGAACUCGUUACACAUUGCAGCUGCUAGCCUCUCACUGGCGUCUGCUAAAACCCUGUUGAAGUACAAAGCUGAUGCUGGUUUUGCUGAUGCUACUGGUCUCUUACCACAUGAGGUCAUUCCACAAGGUACAGUCAAAUAA